UUGUAAGCCAUAGAAGUCACAAAUUGUUGGGGUCUCAGUCUUCUGCAGUUUUGCUCAAAAUGGCCAGUCUAUGGCCAAGCCUGCUGUAUGCAUUGGCUAUAUGCUUUAUAGCCACCAGUGUAGCUGCUGGUGGUGAUGAUAAACCUUAUGUUUAUGCAUCUCCACCUCCACCACCCUCUUAUCACUACAAGUCUCCACCACCUUACCAGUCCAAGUCACCUCCGUACUACUACAAGUCCCCUCCUCCACCUUCACCAUCACCUCCUCCUCCACGAUAUGUGUAUAAGUCGCCUCCCCCACCGUAUGCUUACAAGUCACCUCCACCACCAUCUCCAUCACCUCCUCCUCCUUAUGUAUACAAGUCACCACCACCACCUUCUCCAUCCCCACCUCCACCUUACAUAUAUAAAUCACCGCCACCACCAUCACCAUCACCUCCUCCACCAUACAUGUACAAGUCACCACCACCACCAUCUCCUUCACCUCCUCCACCUUAUGUCUACAAGUCACCACCACCACCUUCUCCAUCUCCACCUCCUCCUUAUAUUUAUAAAUCACCACCACCACCAUCACCUUCACCUCCUCCACCAUACAUUUACAAGUCACCACCACCACCAUCUCCUUCACCUCCUCCUCCUUAUGUCUACAAGUCACCACCACCGCCAUCACCAUCUCCUCCACCACCAUACAUUUACAAGUCACCACCUCCUCCACCCUAUGUGUACAAGUCCCCACCACCACCAUCUCCUUCACCUCCUCCUCCUUAUGUGUAUAAGUCACCUCCACCACCAUCACCAUCUCCUCCACCACCAUACAUUUACAAGUCACCACCUCCUCCACCCUAUGUGUACAAGUCCCCACCACCACCAUCACCUUCACCUCCUCCACCAUACAUUUACAAGUCACCACCUCCUCCAUCCCCAUCCCCUCCUCCACCCUAUGUCUACAAGUCCCCGCCACCACCAUCACCUUCACCUCCUCCACCAUACAUUUACACGUCACCACCACCACCAUCACCAUCUCCUCCACCACCGUACAUUUACAAGUCACCACCUCCUCCACCCUACGUGUACAAGUCCCCACCACCACCAUCACCUUCACCUCCUCCACCAUACAUUUACAAGUCACCACCACCACCAUCUCCUUCACCUCCUCCUCCUUAUGUCUACAAGUCACCACCACCACCAUCACCAUCUCCUCCACCACCAUACAUUUACAAGUCACCACCUCCUCCAUCCCCAUCACCUCCUCCACCCUAUGUGUACAAGUCCCCACCACCACCAUCACCUUCACCUCCUCCACCAUACAUUUACAAGUCACCUCCACCACCAUCUCCUUCACCUCCUCCUCCUUAUGUCUACAAGUCACCACCACCACCAUCACCAUCUCCUCCGCCACCAUACAUUUACAAGUCACCACCUCCUCCGUCUCCAUCACCUCCCCCUCCCUAUGUGUACAAGUCACCACCACCACCUUCUCCAUCUCCACCUCCUCCUUACAUUUAUAAAUCACCACCACCACCACCAUCACCGUCACCUCCUCCUCCUUACAUUUACAAGUCUCCUCCUCCUCCAUCUCCAUCACCACCCCCACCAUAUGUUUACAAGGCACCACCACCACCAUCACCAUCUCCUCCACCACCAUACAUUUACAAGUCACCACCUCCUCCAUCUCCAUCACCUCCCCCUCCCUAUGUGUACAAAUCACCGCCACCACCUUCUCCAUCUCCACCUCCUCCUUACAUUUAUAAAUCACCACCACCACCAUCACCGUCACCUCCUCCUCCUUACAUUUACAAGUCUCCUCCUCCUCCAUCUCCAUCACCACCCCCACCAUAUGUUUACAAGUCACCACCACCACCGUCUCCGUCACCUCCCCCUCCUUAUGUCUAUAAGUCCCCACCUCCUCCAUCCCCAUCGCCCCCUCCUCCUUAUGUCUACAAAUCACCACCACCACCAUCACCUUCACCUCCUCCAGUUUACUACUAUAAGUCGCCACCUCCACCAUCACCCCCACCGCCCAACCCUUAUUAUUACAAAUCUCCUCCACCACCAACUCAUUACUAACCUAAUUCAGUUUUUGUUCCAUUUGUGUUAUAAAUUCGAAAAACAAAUAAUGGCUGCAAGAGAGAGUUCUAUCCUAAUGAUGACUUGCUUACAUCUGGUCAAUCUAAAAUGGAACCAGAACAGUGCUUGAUAACAAGAGAGUGCUUUGCAGCUUUACACUAAAUAUAUGUUUUUUUUGUUAAACAUGAUUUCUAUACGUUAGUCAUUUUUGGUUACAUGCCCUGAAUUUUGAUGUGAUCAACUGGACAACAUUGUUCAUUUCCUAUUUUCCUAUAUGUUUUAUCAAAAUGUUGAAAUUAAUAUAUUAAUUACAUG